AUGGCUACCCCUAGCGUUCUCGUCUUUGAUGCUGAGGGUCGGGCUGUUGACUUUGAGGUCUGGGUCGAUGAUCUACAGCUUUUCCUACAGUGCGAUAGGAAAGGCGGUCUCUCACUGUUCGAUCUCACGUCAGGCGCCUCUGCUGCCCCUGCUGCUGAUGCUAACAGCACUGUUCGCUCACAAAGGGCCACACGCGAUACUGCUGCCCGUCUUGCUGUGCGUAGUCACUUGCCGUUCUCUGAGCGCGCGCACUUCAGUCAGUACAAGAGUGCUAGGACCUUGUACGACGCUGUAGUCACACGCUACUCUUCCCCUGCCACUGCUGCCCUUAGCCGCCUCAUGCUGCCGUACCUGUUCCCUGACCUCGCCGCCUUUCCCACAGUCGCUGACCUCAUUACGCACCUUCGCACUAGUGACACCCGCUACCGCGCUGCGCUUCCUGCUGAGUUCUGUGCCAAGAACCCCCCCCCCAUGUACAUCACCCUCUACUACAUAGUCACCCGGCUCCCUGACUCCCUUCCCUCGGUCAGGGACCACUUCCUCUCUGUUUGCCCCACCACACUCACCGUUGACCUCCUCGAGGAGCGCCUCCUGGCAGCUGAGAAGAGUAUAGUCGCUGUAGGAGCCUCUCGUGGUGACCCUCGUGCCCCCUUCUUUGAGGGUCGGUCGGCGCUGCGUCUGCCCCUAGCGGGAGACGCCGCACCGGCAAGGGCAAGGGGGGCAAGGGCGCUGGAGGGGCUGGCGGGGGCGGUGGAGGUGGCGGUGGAGGCGGCGGAGGGAGUGGUGGUGGCGGUGGGAGUGGUGGCGGGGGUGGGGGCUUCGGUGGCGGCGGUGGAGGCGGAGGCGGCGGCGGCGGUGGCGGUGGGAGCGGAGGAGGAGGCGGUGGCGGCGGUGGCGGAGGUGGCGGCGGCGGAGGUGGAGCUGGUCGGGGUGGCUCCGCGCAGCGGAGCGGCUUCGGUGGUGGUCAGCGCCAGCAGUAGCAGCGCACUCGUGAGACCCCGCCCCCCCCAGCAGCUUCGUGAGUGGUACGCUGCGCGUCAGCAGGGUGGGGGUGCUGGUCCUUGUGCCUACGUCUUGCGUACCGACGACCGCACUGGUGAGCCGUGCGGUGGCCUGCACACCACCCAGCGCUGCUUCGGCCGCCUGACGGACGCUUGGCGUCUCCAGUUUCCUGACGCCACUGAGAUCCCCCGCUGGGGCGAGCUGCUUCGGUCGGGGGUUGCUAUCUUUGAUCUGGAUUAUGAUGCUAUUCUUGCUGCCAUGUAUGUUGUGUCUACUAGUGAUGAGGGUGACUGUUACCUGUGUGUUCCGCUUAACCCGGGCAUUGAGGCUGCUGCUCUAGGUGCUGGAUGGGGGGGUUGA